AUGAGAUUGUGUACUGACCAUCAGCAGUUGAACAAAGUUACAAUUAAGAACAGAUACCCGUUGCCACGUAUUGAUGAUUUGUUGGAUCAGUUGAGGGAUGCCUGCGUAUUUUCUAAGAUUGAUCUCCGAUCCGAAUACCACCAGAUCCAUAUUAAGCCGGAGGAUGUGCCUAAAACGGCGUUCCGAUCCAGAUACGGACACUUUGAAUAUCAAGUGAUUCCUUUUGGGCUUACUAAUGCCCCUACGUUAUCUGAGGUGCAAUUUCCGGGUCAUGUUAUUUCUGCUAGUGGUGUUGCGGUGGAUCCAAGUAAGAUUGAGGCGGUUGCCUCUCACGGACGCAAUAGUGGAGGAUUGAACUUGGAGCGUACAUUUUGGAGCAUUGUGCUUGGAGUUGAGGGCAGGAUUGUUGUGCCCAAAGAGCUAGCAGAGGAGGUUAUAGUUGAGGCCCAUAAGGGUCAGUAUGCUAUUCACCCAGGUGCUAUAAAAAUGUAUUAA